CAGGCAGGACCGAGUCCCCAGAGAGGGGCAGGGCAUAUGGAGGAGAAGUCUGAAUCUUUGGGGAGAGAGGCACCCUUGCCUUGCAUACCUUGCUCCCCUGAACCCGAGGACUCCAAGGUGGCGGGUUGGAGCUGAAGCAAGUGGGCCUUGCUGGGUAGAGCAGGUCAGCCAUGUCAUCUGAACCACCCCCGCCGCCGCCGCAGCCCCCGACGCCGCAUCAGACUAAUGUCGGGCUGUUGGACACUCCUCGGGCCCGGGAUCGCUCUCCAUCCCCACUGCGAGGCAAUGUGGUCCCUAGUCCUCUGCCCACCCGCAGGACAAGGACCUUCUCAGCGACGGUGAGGGCUUCACAGGGCCCUGUCUACAAAGGAGUCUGUAAAUGCUUCUGCCGGUCCAAGGGCCACGGCUUCAUCACCCCGGCUGAUGGUGGCCCUGACAUCUUCCUUCACAUCUCUGAUGUGGAAGGGGAGUAUGUUCCAGUGGAAGGCGACGAGGUCACCUAUAAGAUGUGCUCUAUUCCGCCCAAGAACGAGAAACUGCAGGCUGUAGAGGUGGUCAUCACCCACCUGGCACCGGGCACCAAGCAUGAGACCUGGUCCGGGCAUGUCAUCAGCUCCUAGGGCCUGCAAGAACCCCUUCUCCUGGGUUUGAGGGAGACUUUGGGGGAGGAGGAGCAGGACACCCUGGAUAUAACACUCUGCCACACAAGAUGGGGCCUCAAGGCGGGCAUGGCCCCUUUCAAGCAUUUCCUGGAAGAAGGGAGUUGUGGGUAGGCAGGGGGUGCUCUCAGCCACUAGCACAGCCUUCAGCCAUUGCAACAAGCUCUCACUGUCUGAAAACAUUAAAAGCAUUUGAAAAAGAGAGGGACCUGCGGUGGCUGAGUGGAGAGGGUGCAGCCCCAGCCCAGGGCGGGUAGGCCAAACAUGCUAUUUCCCCAAAUGCUCCCCCUAGGUCAAGCAAGCCCAUAAGGACUCCUCCUGGACUAAAGACAACCCCACACACACAUCUAUUUGGCUCCCUGAGGGGUGUCACCAGCCCUAUGAGGCUCCCCAUGACCCAAUGCCUCAUCUAACUUGGGCCCAGGUCAGAUCCAUCUUCUGAUUGUCAGCCUGACUAGUUCAGGCUUAUGUAUGCGGGGAACUUUCCAGGGGACUUUGCCUCUUAGUGUCUUUACAACAGGUGUGUCUCCACCUUCUGGGAAAGACUCCAACCCUUAGGAGCUCCUGCUCUAAACAGCAGUCUGGGGGCUCAGCUGACCCCCACCCCUGGGAGUGCUGGUCUUUUCUACUUGCAGGUAUAAGGUACGGCUCCCUGGGGCAUUAAGCCUCUCUUUAAGCCAGUGCUGCAGGGAGCUGUGGGGUGAGGAGGAGGCCUCUGCAGAAGAGCUGUAGAGACGGGAGGGGGGGGGCAUGCCUUGUAAUCUCUGCACUUGGAGGGCUGAAAUAGAGUUCUAGGUGCCACCGAAGCCUAACCAUACCAGAGUGAAAGCAAAGCUUCGCUCAGAGGGGUCAUGCCCGCCGUGAGGCCCCCUCUUGUGUGGUAGAGUGUUAUAUCCAGCUUUUUUAUUGAUAGCUAGGGACAAUGGGGUGACAAAGAAGGCUGUCAACCUCAGGGAGCCUUCCUGGGUCCUGGCAAAGUAGCUUUGGAAGUCUGUUCCAUAGCCAACAGACAGGCCCCAAGAGAGGCUCUGGGCCGUCAGCCAAGCCUGGAAGGGGAAAGGCACCUUUGACCUAGUAGAAAAAACACCUGCCAGUAUCCCAACAACAAAGAAAAUGGUCAAGCUGGGUAGUGGAGGUAAACUAGCUGCACAAGACUUUUGCACGUUUAGCCACUUACUUUUUGUCUGUGCAAAUGCAUGAGGACAACCUGUUCCCGUUCCUCGGGUGCUAGCCAUCCUUUAGGAAGAAAAAGUAGGGUCUGUCACUGGCCUCCAUCUCAGCAGACAGGCUCGGCUGGCUUCUGCCUGGCCCAGCUUCCCUGCUUCUGGGACUGCUCAAGUGUGCACCACCACACCUGGCUUUUUCUGGGGCUUGAACUCACAUCCUUCACUCGACCCUCUCAGCUGUGUUCCUGACCCCCGUGACUGUCUGAAAGCCAUUGACGGUCAUCAGAGUUCCAGCCUUUGUCCCCUCGGGAUAGACCCUCAUCCAGAAUUAAGACACACUGAUGUCUAUAGUGCCCCCAAUAUCAAAGAAGCCUCUGGUCUGGACCACUGGGGCAGUAUUGGUACCCCUGUUCUGACGAGAUCUCAACUCUGUUUCAAAAACCCAUUACCCAACUACUUCUAUUUUUAAAUCACAACUAAAGCCAAAGCCAGAAAGAAGUAUAAAGAUCAGUUCGCGUGAAACCCAUCUCUAGUGCUGCAGGCAGGGCUCUGUGGGGGUUGAGCUAGUUAAUAUGAAGGUAUGAAGGCAACCUGUGACCCCAGCAAGUGGGAAGGCAUGAAGGGUGCUGAGACACCUUACUGUAUUGCUCUACAGCCUAGGCCCUGUCUCAAAACAAACAACAAACAAACCCUAGAACACCUUGCAGGCAGAGGCUUCAGUGUAGCUCACUGCAGUGCCGGUUGGCAUUUCCAAGGCCCUGGGCUCCCCCAGCACUGAGGAAGGGGGAAACUACUUAGCAUUGGUCCAAGGUCGUCUGCUUCAACUCCUAAUGUUACAAGGCCAUCAGAGUCAAGUUCUGGGGCUUAUGCUAGCAGUGGAACCCAGAGCCCUGCACAUGCUGCCCGAGUGCACACAACAUUGCUCCGUCCCCAGCCCUCGUUUGUUUAGAGACGUGUUCAUGGACCUGCUAAUGGGCCCUGCCCCCACUGAGCUGGCGCCCAGUUCUGCUGGCAGGAUGGCCUCCGGAUUCUUUUGUCUCUCAGAGUCCUUUGUAAAGGGCUUUUCCUGUAUGGUCACAUCACUUCGGCCUCUAGACUGUUCUGGAACUGCAGGGUUAUUGGUGUUAGAAGAGACCCCCUCUCUUCAGACAGGAGUGUCAAUUUCUAGAUCAGGAAGGACCCAGUGCUGGUUAUGGGGCAGGAAAGAACAGAUGCCCAGAUCUAGACCUGUGACCCCAUCAGCUAACUCUUCCUCAAUAAAGUUUGCUUUGUGCAACAA